AUGGCAGACAAGUACGACCACGACGACAUCGAGUCCGGUUCGGAUUCAGGCCCGGAUUCGCCCAUACUGGAGCCACAGGACGUGUCGGACGGCGAUAUCGACGAGAAGCCGCUGAAGUCGGCGCUGAAGAAGGGCGGAGAGGUGGCAGUGGAGCCGGCAGUGGUGAAGCCGCCGCUGCCACCACAGACGGAUCCCAAGGAUCUGGACGUGAGCAAGCUGACGCCGCUGACGCCAGAGAUUAUCGCGCGGCAAGCGACGAUCAACAUCGGGACGAUCGGCCAUGUGGCGCACGGCAAGUCGACGGUGGUCAAGGCGAUUUCGGGUGUGCAGACGAUUCGGUUCAAGAACGAGCUGAUCCGCAACAUCACGAUUAAGCUGGGCUAUGCCAAUGCCAAGAUCUACAAGUGCGACAACAAGGCGUGUCCACGGCCGACGUGCUACCGCAGCUACAAGAGCGACAAGGAGGUGGACCCGCCGUGUGAGCGCGAGGGCUGUGGGGGGACGUACCGUCUGCUGCGUCACGUCUCGUUUGUCGACUGCCCCGGCCACGAUAUCCUGAUGAGCACGAUGCUGUCGGGCGCCGCAGUGAUGGACGGGGCGCUACUUCUGAUCGCAGGCAACGAGACGUGUCCGCAGCCACAGACGUCGGAGCAUCUGGCGGCGAUCCAGAUCAUGAACCUGGACAAGGUGGUGAUCCUGCAGAACAAGGUAGACCUGAUGCGCGAGGAGACGGCGCAGCAGCACUACGAGUCGAUUCUCAAGUUCAUCCGCGGCACGGUGGCGGCCAAGUCGCCGAUCGUGCCGAUCUCGGCGCAGCUCAAGAUCAACAUUGACGCCGUGCUGGACUGCCUCGUCAACACGAUUCCAGUGCCGCCGCGCGACUUCUCGACGGACCCGCAGAUGAUUGUGAUCCGCUCGUUCGACGUGAACAAGCCGGGUGCCGAGAUCGAGGACCUCAAGGGCGGCGUGGCCGGCGGCAGCAUUCUGCACGGCGUGAUCAAGCUCGGCGACGAGAUCGAGAUCCGGCCCGGCCUGGUGACGCGCGACGAGGCCGGCAACCUGCACUGCACGCCCAUCUUCAGCCGCAUCGUCUCGCUCAACUCCGAGUCCAACGACCUCAAGUACGCCGUGCCGGGCGGCCUCAUCGGCGUCGGCACCCACAUCGACCCGACACUCUGCCGUGCCGAUCGGCUGGUCGGCUUCGUGCUCGGCCUCAAGGGCCGCCUGCCCGACAUCUACAGCGAGAUCGAGGUGAACUUUUACCUGCUGCGCCGCCUGCUGGGCGUGCGUACCGCCGACGGCAAGCAGGCCAAGGUCGAGAAGCUGGCCAAGAACGAGGCCAUCAUGGUCAACAUUGGCUCCACCUCGACCGGCGCCAAGGUCGCCGCCAUCAAGAACGAUGCGGCCAAGCUGGUCCUGACCAGCCCCACCUGCACAAACAUUGGCGAGAAGGUGGCACUGAGCCGGCGCAUCGAGAAGCACUGGCGGCUGAUCGGCUGGGCCACCAUCACGGCUGGCGUCACGCUCGAGCCGACGUUGCCUUGA